AGUAGUAUUGAUUGUCAACAAUUAUUGCAACAUUUAAAGUUUACUUUCAAUUUAGUUAUAUUACAACAAAUUUGACAAAAUUUUAUAUUCAACAAUUGAUUGAAACGAAAUCAGAGUCGACGACAACAGAAGAAGUUGUUAAAUCAAACAAAUUGAAGAAAAUGUUUGACAGCUAUCAAGAUAUGAACCAAAUUGAAGAUCAUCUGUGGUUAGGCAAUAUGUGUGCCGCGUUUGAUCCAAAACAGUUGUUGGCCAACAAUGUCCGUAGCGUAUUGUCUGUGUUUGAUGACCACUGGAAAGAGGAUAACCGGUCGUCGGAGAUAACGUACAAACAGAUUUGGGUGGACGAUGUGCCCCGUGAAGAGAUGUUGACUCAUAUGACGACAGACGCCUUUGAAUUCAUAAGACAGGCCCAGGAGUCUGGACAGGGAAUACUAGUUCACUGUCAUAUGGGUUACUCGCGAUCAGCAACAGUGGUCAUCGGAUAUCUGAUGCAAAAAUACAAAAAGCCAUUCAAUGAGACAAUACGAAUGGUUCAGAAGCAGCGGGAAAUUGGUCCAAAUGAGGGCUUCAUUUUGCAGCUCCGGAUGUUUGAGACAAUGAAUUAUCGUUUGGAUGGAAAUCACCGACCAUUUAGACAUGUCUUGUUAGAAAUGGUUUUGGAUUCAGAGAUAUUCUACAGGAAAUGGAAAAACCAAUUGAAUGAGUAUUAUAGACGCCUGGAUAUGAUAGAAAACAGUGUCGAUGGGGGCGUACAGUUAGGCCCCAACUAUCUCUGCGCCAAAUGUGGUCACAAAUUGUUUAAUGAUAUUCAUAUUGUGAAGAAAACUGGGAUAGAGUCGGAUGAUUACGAUUGCGAUUUUCUUUACAUUGAACCGCAAAAAUGGAUGAAAGAGUUGUCUGAAUUGGAGGUCAAUACUGUGGACACCAAACCAGUCAAAUGUCCCGAUUGUGAUGAAAAAUUAGUCGAAUAUAACAGUCGUUUCAAUAACUACAUGUGCCCGUGUCCGCAACACCAGGGACUCAAUUGUUUGAGAUUUAUUAUUAACAAAUCUAAUGUCAAAAUUGAGAACUAAGUUUAGUUGAAGGGUUUCAUGAGUUGUGAUAAUUAUUUGAUUUAUAGGAAAACUAAAAUAUAUGCAAAGUUUACUAUUUUUUUGUAAUUAUUUAAAUUAAUUGAUAAUUUUGUAAUGAGAUAAAUACUUAAUGAAAAGUAAAUUAAAUGAAAA